GGCACAGCUGAUCGAGGAAACAGUCCUGCGAAAUCUUUGGCUGAGCGAGAACGUAUCAAAGCUGAUAAGAGCCGGCAACCGGUUUUUUGGCCUUCAGAUUUUCAAUUUUUGUGAUAUUUUUAGUUGUUAAAGUGUAAACAUGGAAGUGCUUCCCGUUAGCAACGAAACUUACAACAGUGAGGAAGCAUAGAAUAGCCCAGGAUAUCUUGAGGAUUGCCGAUAAUGAACCCUAUGGGCUUAGGGGGUGCGCCCUCUAUAUUAAUUUUGAGGGCGAAGGCAUCAACAAGAAGCUGGCCACUUUUCGAUGUGAUCCGAGUACCGCGCCCACAUUUGAGGUCUAUCUCACUCUCAAGCAAAGCACUGCUAGUUGGAACAACUUCCUGCCUCAAUUUAUCAAAAAAAUCACCAGAGGCAGUGCCGUAAUGAUUAGUUCGGACUAUCAGCUUCAAUUGAAGAAGCUGUAUAGGUCUUCUCUAUAUUAGAGAGCUCGAUUUCAAAAAAGUUUCAGUGUACCUAGUUAGAAAGACUGAAAUCUAUCACAAUGAUAGAAAGAUUAUAAUAUAUCAUCGCGCAUCCAUGUUUGUUAUAGUUCAUGUGUAUAUCAUUGUUUAUUCUCAUCAUGAGUUUUGGAGCGGUACAAAGUUUGCGGAAGAUCAGCCCAAGGCUUCACUGUUAGCGAUUUGCAAACGUUGAAAUCCGCACAAGAAAAUUGUCUGAAUUGAAAUUUGGGCAACUUUGUAUCGAGUUGUUUUACAUGAAAAUUACUAUAAUAUAUUCUAUGUAAAUCCGAGUGAUAUAAUAUUCGACAAAAGAGGUUAAUUAGAUAUAGAAAAGCAAUAAGAAUUUGUGAAUUUGUGACGACCAAAUCGGGAUUCUAGGGUCACAAAGUCUUCAGUAUGUGAUAACUAAUUUUGUGAUCUUAAACUCUCGAAUAUUCAUCUGAUUUCUGCGAAAUCCGCUGAAAGAUGUGAUAAUUCAUGUUUAAUUUUUUCUUGAUAAUAUUAAUAUUAAUUGUUACAUAUAAGAAAGUUAGUAUUUUGAUUUAUCUUUAUUAACAAUUUUUAUUUUCAUUUUGUGAUAUUAGUUAUUUACACCGUAAAAUACAUCCGAGAGAGGAAUUAACAAAUUUUCGAACGUCUAUCAUGUGUAACAGUAUUCGAUUUGAUAAUUCCCAUUCGGAAACCUAAUUUAAUAGUAAGUUGAUCUCAAUUCAAUUGUGUGGGUCAAAUAUGCGUAGAAUGUGACGAGAAUGUAAUGCUAAGGAUUUUUGUACGUUUUGUAGAUGUAGAUUUGUUUUCUUUUUUAAUCUGUCGCAAGUGUGAUAGUACAGAAUUUUGUACAAGAGCUUUUUUAUAUGGAAAAAAUCUAGAAAAUCUAUAAAAAUAUUAAAAACUUGAUUAUUUUA